CAGCAGCAGCAGCAGCAGCAGCAGCAGCAGGUAAAGGGCGCGGCCGUUCAGGUGAUAAUAGAGGAAAGGAGGGAAGAGGAAGGGGGAGAAAGAGCAGCGCAGCAAAAGACAGCAGCAGCAGCAGCAGCAGCAGCAGCAGCAGCAGCAGAAACAGUGGUAGCGUUGUUGCUGCAUCAUCUGCUGCAGGUAAAGCGGAGAAAAAGCAGCAGCAGCAACAGCAACAGCAACAGCAGCAGCAGCAGCAGCAGCAGCAGGAGAAGCAGCUGCAGCAAGAGAUAGAGCAGCACUGCCGCCUGCCUGUGCUGGACAUCAGCAAAGAAAAUCCGCAGCAGUUGCUGCAGCUGCAAACCCUCUUCGUAGGACAAACAAAAAACGGGAGACCCACAAGGAGGAGCCCUAUAGACCCGCACACUCUGCAGCUUUUGUACUGGGACCGUCGCUGCUAUUCGUUUGACUCUGGGGGCAGCUGCUGCAGCAGCGGCAGCAGCUGCCGCUUCUGUCAUACACCUGAAGAGCUGCUGCUACACCCUGCUCGCUUCUGCUGCCGAUUAAUUAGCAGCAAACAUAAACACGAUUAUUCAUACAGAUGCUUUGCUGCUUCUCCUCAAGAGUUAAGAAUUGGUGCAGCAGAAGCAUACGGAUUAGAAGCACAUCUCAGCAGACUCGCGCUGCAGCAGCAGCAGCAGCAGCAACAGCAGCAGCAGCAGCAGUUCCUCCUGAAGCAAAUCCGUGACAGACAUGCAGAUGAUGCAGCAACAGAAGAUGAUGAUAGCAAACACAUUAAUACCGCUCAGCAGCAGCAGCAGCAGCAGCAGCAGCAGCAGCAGCAACUGCAGCAGCUGCAGCUGCCGUUGACCCCAAAGAAAACACAACUCCACAAACACCCACGCCAGCAGCAGCAGCAGCAGCAGCAGUUGUGCUUGAAGCAAAGCAGUUUGUCUAAAGAUGGGCGAAUCUCCCCUCAGAAAACAAAACAGCAGCAGCAGCAGCAGCAGCAGCAACAGCAGCAACAGCAGCAGGAGCUGCAGCAGCAACAGGUUGGGGGAGAAGACGUGCGCGCUUACAGCAGCAGCAGCACAGAAGCAAACAGCACUGAUUCUUGUGGUAGCAACUCUAGCUGCUGCAGCGGUAGAGACUGCAGCGGCAUCUGCGAUGUGCUUAGCAGCAGCUCUAUCUUUAAAAGCCCCAGCAGCAGCAGCAGCAACAGCAGCACAAAGCUGCCUCCUCCUUUAGAUGGCCCUGCAGACGAAGCAGAAGCAGCAGCAGCAGCAGCAGCAGCAGAAGCAGCAGCAGCAGCAGCAGCAAAGAUCUCCCACGAAGGAGAUGCCUCUGCUACCUUCAGCAGCAGCAGCAGCAGCAGGGAAGAAGGUGCAGCAGCAGCAGAAAUAUCAGCAGCAGCAGGAUCAUCAUCAGGAGCAUCAUCAGGAGCAUCAGCAGGAGCAGCAGCAGGAGCAGCAGCAGCAGCAGCAGCAGCAAAGAGCACUCGUUUAUCUUGGAGCUGCGGGGAUACAGAAGGCAGCUUAAACUUAUCAUCUUUCAAGGUCUUUCCUUGUCAUCAAAAGCACUCAGCUGCACACGAUAAAAAGUACUGCCCCUUCUAUCAUAACUUCAGAGAUAAGAGACGGUUUCCUGUAACAUAUCGCGCUGAACAAUGCGAAGAGCAUUUCGACUCCGACUCUGCUUCUCUUCAGUGCUCUAAGGGCGAUGCGUAA